GAACGGGCGCGCGGCGGGUUCCGGCUUACCCCCCUCUAGCGGAGCUGCAGCGCAGCCUCCGCAUAUCAAAGCCCCUCAGAAGAAACCCCCGAGAUGGCUGAGAAGGACGGGAAAGGUGGAAAAGACAGGAAAGGUGGAGAGAACAGGAAAGGUGGAAGGGGCGAGAAAGGUGGAAAGGACAAAAAAGGUGGAAAGGGCAGGAAAGAUGAAAAGGAUAGGGAAGAUGGAAAGGAUGGAAGCACAGACGGCUGGGCCGGCUUUGAAGAGCGUGUGGAGAAGAUGCAGAAAAGCCUCCAGUGCCUCUCUGCCCCUCGUUCCCACCGUGUCCAGACGUGUGACCGCGUCCUUCGCGCCUGUGUGGAGGAGCUGGCCCGGCCCGGGGGGCUGCCAGCCCACGGUGCCCGGCUGCUGCUCCUGGUCCAGGAGACUGUCCAGCACUACCUGAGCCUGGUCCCCGAGCCCCCUCACCUGUACCUCGAGAAGAUGCUGUUCCACGUGCUGCGCAACGCCACGGGCUGGCUCGACACGUGCGCCAUGGCCGAGCUGCUGCGGGAGCGGCUGAGGCGCUGUCGCCCCGACGACGAGCGGGCCAAAGUCAUCCACAGCACUUUCAGUGUCCUCUGGACAGUGCCAGACUCUCAGACCAGGCCCGAGGGGCCUCGCACGGAGGACAGGAGGCUGCUGGCCUCCAGGAUCCGUGCCGUACGCUUCCUGCUGCUGCUGGAAUCGCAGGAUUGCGUGCCUCAGGAAUCCUUCCAGCCUCCGUUCUUCACCUCACAGUCUGCCCGGACAGCCGCAGCCGCUGCCUCUCUCUUCCAGGCUGAGAGUGCUCCGUGCUGGGCCUUCCUGGCCGGGCAGUUCCAGGAGUCGCUGCUGAACACGCUGAGGACGGAGCUUCUGCAGCCUCUCAGCCUCUCGCAGUCCCUGUGUUUCCUGGAGCUCACCCGGGAGUGCUGCCGCCACCUCUGCAAAGCCCAGGAGCACCGCGAGGCUCUGGCCACCCUGGAGGACUCCAAAGGCUUCUUGGGAGCUGAUGAUUCCCUGGGAGCCCUUCUGGAGCUGCUGGAGGCCGGGGCCCAGCUCAGCUGGGCACUGAGCAAAGGCAGGGAUGGCCAGGGGGCCGUGGGGCCGGCGCUGUGCCAGGCGGGAGCGGCGCUGGCGGUGCCAUUUUACGGAAGAGCUCUCUGGGUGCUGGUGGAAAACUCCCGGUUCGUGCUGGCGCAGCUCGGGGAGGUGCUCAGGAGGAGCCAGGAGCUGCCCCUCGGCCUCCAGGAGCUUCCCGGGAUUUGUGCCUUCUCCCAAGGCCAUGGGCGGGCACUGCAGCAGCUGCUGGCCCAGGUCCCUUCUGACUCCAUUCAGGACCAGGUGAGGGUGAAGCAGCUGCUGUUCCACAGCCUGCAGCUCUUCUCCAAUGCCAUCCAUGAAAUAUUCCAGCGCUCCCAGCCCUCGAGGUGGCUGGAGAUGGGGCAGGUGACCUCGAGCUGUGCCCAGAUCGUCACCUGGAUGCUGGAUGGGCUGGAUGGGCUGCCCGAGGCCGAGAAGGGCAAAUUCCUCAAUGUCACCGCUGCGGCCGCCUUCUGCCUGGGCCAGGCCUUCCAGAGCCAGAACAUUCCGCAAGCGGCCGGAGCCGUGUGCAAGCCCUUCUGCCAGACUGUGCUGGCCACGAACGGCUACAGCUGGCCUGGAGCGACCCCGGAGAAGCUGCACAGGUGCUUCCAGCUGCAUGUGGAGAGCUGGCGCCGGCAGGGGCAGCUGCAGCGCGCGCUGGGUGCUGUGGUGCAGUGGCUGCAGGCCGUGGUGCCACGUUACCAACGCUCCCAGGGAUCCGGGACACAGCCCCAGCAUUCCCAGGUUCUGGUGCCCCAUUCCCAGUGUGCCCAGCCCAGCCCAGUCCGUCCCACCUCCCUGGUGCUCGAGCCCAUGGCGCUCUGGGUCAGGCUCAAGAUGGAGACAGUCAAACAGGGAAAAGAGGAGGAGCUGCAGCUGCGGUCUCUGCAGGACAUCCUGGCAUCCCAAUCCCUGUCUGAGAACACCAUGCUGCUCCUGCUGCUGGCCGAACUCCAGGCCUACAAAUCCCUGCGGUGCCCCACGGGGCCGGAGCGCUACAAAAUCCUGCAGAAAAUGCUGGGCAUGUGGGACCCCGAGAGAGUCUGGAGACCCUGGGGAGCCGGAGAACCCUCGGGAAUCCGGGAUCCCUCGGGAACACCGGACCCCAACUGCAGCCUGCCCAGGGCGGUGGCGCUGCUGGAGCUGGGGCAGGUGCUCUGCAGCCACAGCUCCAACACCGACACCGACUGCUCUGCCCUGGAUGCCAUCCAGGAGUCCCUGAAGCUGCUGGACUCUCUGUCCCGGAAUUCUCAAAUCUGGAAUUCCCUUAUGCGGGAUCAGCUGCUGGAUGAGCAUGCCCAGGCCCUGCUCUGGCUCCACAUCUGCACCCUCGAGGACCUCUUGGAAAAGAGCCUGGCUCGGGAGCGGCGCGGGCGCCUCCAGAGUUCAAAGCCGCUGGAUCCCGAGGGAGCGUGGCUGGAGGCGCGGGAUGGGAUCCGCUGCAGCCUCAGCUCCGACGGCGCUCUCUCCAAACCCUUGGAUGAAGCCUUUUCCCUGUGGAAGCAGCUGCUGGAACAUCCCAGGAUUCCCGAGGUGCGCAGCCUGGAGCAGACCAUCUGCUCCCUGCAGAUCCUGGCUGCGCUCUACCGGCUCCAGGAGAAGCCCAUCCAAGCCCUGGAGAGUUUCCUGCUGCUCCGAUCCCUGUGCCAGAGGCUUGGGGAUAACUUUGGAAUGGCCAAUUCCCUGUGCCAGAUCAGCCGGGUCCUGCUGGAGCUGGAAUGUCCUCUCCAAACCGAGAUUUUCCUGGAAGAGUUGGAAGUCUGCCUCGAGACGGACAAAGGGAGUGAAGAUUCAUGGCUGCUCCUGCGGCAUUCCCAGCUCCUGCUGCGCAGCCACCUCUACUGCCUCCAGAAAAAGGUGGAUCAGGCCGUGCCGCUGCUGCUGAAGGUGCUGCAGGAGCCGCAGGCCCAGAGGGCCACCAGGAGCUGGCUCCUGGCGCGGGCCCAGGGGCUGCAGGUGGUGGCCACAAUCCUGGAGCUGCCCCCGGCACAGCUGGGAGCGCCGCUCCGGGAGCGCAUCCAACAGCACGGCUGGAGCAGCCCCAGGACGGCUCUGCUGGAGGCCCAGAAGCUGUUCCGGAGCGUCCUCGUGUCCCUGAUGGGCAGCGACAUCCUGGGAGUGACACAGAGCAUCCCGGCUGAGGAGCCCAGCCCUGACUGCCGCCUGGCGCUGGUGCACAAGUGGCAGGUGCUGGGGGACAUCCUGGGCUGCUGCCAGCGCCUGGUGACGCUGCUGGGACACAGCGAGGUGCAGUGCAGGGCCAGGGCCUUCUGCAGCGAGGGACUGACCGUGGCCGGACACCUGCAGGCCGCCCGCUGGUGCACGUUGUUCCUGGUGUUGCAGUCCCAGCUGGAGCUGCAGCAGGGGGAGCUGCAGCUGAGCCAGUCAUACCUCCAGGAUGCUCAGUUCCUGCUCCAGCCACAAACUGGGCCUGAAGCCCACCGGGAACCUGAGCACCAGGUGAAGGUCCAGCUCCAGAGGGGCGGCUUGGAGCAAAGGCGCCAGGCUGCCGUCGCCGAGCAGGGCAGCGAGGAGGAUGAGGGGUUCCUGCAGGGCCCCUCCCUGCACCUGCUGCCCCCCGCCGCUCUCCCGGAGCAGCCGGACGCUCUCACGGCCUCUCCGGAGCUGAAACGCGGCCGCAGGGAGACUCUGGAGUUCCUUUGCCACGGCGCCAGCUGCGCCUGCUCCUUCUGCUCGGACCCGGCGCUGGUGGCGCUGGGGCUGCGCUGGCUGCUGGCGCAGGCGCGGGCGCUGCUGGCGGCCGGGGAGGUGACGCCGGGGCUGGCGCAGGUGCGGCGGGUGCUGGAGCUGUGUGACAGUGCCAGCGCGCGCCUGCUCUGCCAGCUGCGGGGCAGGGUGGGGGGCGGGCACGGGGACCCCCGCGGGGGCGGCUUCCUGGGCCCCCUGGCCCAGCUGGUGGCCGCCGGCUACUCCACGCUGGCCCAGCAGAGCCUUCCCGGGCCGUCCCGGUCCCUCCCGGUUUGGGAUGAGGAGCUGGAGCGGGGCCUGAUCCUCCUGGGCACCCGACAUCCGCCCGUGGCCGGCCUGGGGGUGGCCGUGGCCACUCUGCUGAUGGCCAAAGCCGUGGCCACCCUUGGCCGCGUGGCCGCCGCCCUCGGCCGCUCCAUGGACAACGUCCUGGCCCAGGCCUGGACCCCCCAGCUCCUGCCCACCCCCCAAAAAACCCCAAACCUCCCCAAAUCCGGAUCCCGAAAAACCAAAGCGAAGAAGACCCUGCAGGGGAAGCCCUCCAAAUCCAGGGACGUUGUCACCCUGAAGGACUCGGACACAGAGGUGCCCCCCAUUGUCCUGCGGCCAGGGGGGCCCUGCACCCCUCACCCCAAAUCGGGGGCACCCCGAAGAAAGCUCCUGGGGGGAUCCAGAACCCCCUUCACCAUCUUCUGUGACGAGUCCUCUCCCCCUGGGGGCAAAUCCCAGCUCUGCAGGGCCCCCAAAGCCCCUGGAAGAACAAAAUCUCGGAUCAGGGUGGUAUUCAGUGACAGCGACUCCGAGGAACCCCAAAUCCCCCUGGAUCCCCCCAAAACCACCCGGAAAUAUUCCUCUGCCCAGAGGGUUCAGCCCCCAAAGUCCCCUGAGAGCUCCCUGGAAAUUGGGGUUCGGCCCCGACGGGGGCGGCCCCGGAAGGAGCUGGGGAGCUCCAAAAAGAGGGAAAAGAGGGAAAAUCUGGAAAAGAACAAAGAAGAGAUGAGCUUUAAGCCCCCUCUGCUGACCCCAGGUAGGGACAAUGAGGAAAUUCCAGAACUUGGGAGAAGUGGGGAUCCCCCAAAUCCAGAGGGAUCCAGCCUCUCUGCCCAGCCCGGUGUCCCCUCCCUGGACACUGUCCGGUCCCUGCUGGCCGAGGCCCUGGCGUGGGUCGGUCACUUCCCCCCGGGGUCACUCUAUGGCCAGCUGUGCCAGCUGCUGGCACUGACCACUGGGGACAGGGACCCGCUGGCCACCGCGGGGCUGCUGGCCGAGUCCCUGAGUGUCACCACCCGCCACCAGAUGCUGUCCAUCAUCCACGCCCGGACACGGAAGAAGAGGAAAGCAGCAGCAGCAGCCAGAGGGGACAUCUCGGAUCAGCUCCAGGGCCUCUCCCUGCAGGAAGGGGAUUCCCAGGAUUCCCAAUCCCACCUGGCCGAGCUCCAGGAGCUUUUCCAGUUCAGCUCUGCGGGGUUGGUGCCGGCGGAGCAGGAGCGGUUCCGUGAGCAGCUUCAAAAGAUUCCCAGAGGUGUCACCGUGUGCCAGCUGUCCCUGGCCAGCGCCGCGCCCGGCGCGCUCGGGGACACGCUGCUGCUGACGCGGCUGCAGCGCGGCGCCGAGCCCCUCAGCGUGCGCAUCGCCACCCAGCGCAGCCAGGCUCCUCUGAGUAGGAUUCUCCAGGAAUUUGAGCUGAUCCAGCGGGAGCAGCGCGAGGCCAACGUCUGCACAGAGCGCCAGGAGUGGUGGGAACGACGAUCCCGCCUGGAUCUGCGCAUGCAGAGCCUCAUCCAGAGCCUGGAUCAGGAGGUUUUGGGGUGCUGGCGGGGGCUGCUGCUGCCACGGGAUCCCAGGCAUUCCCCCCUCGAUCAGCAGGAAUUGUCCCGGCUUCUCCAGGAGCUCAGGGCGUGCGGCUGGGACAGCCCCAAUCCCGCCCUGCUCCAGGCUCUGCUGGCGGGGCUGCGUCUGGCCGAUGUCCGGGCUCUGGCCCUGGCUCUGUGUCCGGCGCGGCCGUGCCGGGCGCAGUUGCUGCUGGAUGAGGCCCUGGAGCGGUGCCGGGAGGGGCCCGAGGGCAGCGCGGGGUCCCUGGUGCUGCUGCUGGACAAGCACCUGCAGCGCCUGCCCUGGGAGAGCUCCGGGACGCUCCGGAACAUUCCAGUGACGCGGCUGCCGGCGCUGCGCUUUGUGCUGUGCUACAGCCUGCAGCGGCAGAGGUCGAGCUCGGUGCUGAAGCGGGGCGUGAACCCCCAAAACACCUUCUACGUCCUGAACCCACAGCGCGACCUGGUCGGCACUGAGGAGAGGUUCCGGAGCUGGUUUGAGAGCGAGCCAGGCUGGCGUGGCGUAUCUGGGGUGGCUCCAACCCCGCAGCAGCUGCAGGAGGCACUGGGGGAGCGCGACCUCUACAUCUAUGCCGGGCACGGCGCCGGGGCGCGGCUCCUGGAGGGACAGAACCUGGCACGGCUGCGGUGCCGGGCUGUGGUGCUGCUCUUCGGCUGCUCCAGCGCCGCCCUGAGCUCCCGCGGGCACCUGGAGCCCACCGGGACCGUCCUCAGAUACAUCCUGGCAGGGUGCCCGCUGGUGCUGGGGAACCUUUGGGACGUCACGGACCGGGACCUGGACCGGCUGGCGCAGGCGCUGCUGUGGGGUUGGCUGCGGGGCGGCCCCGGGACCCCGCUGCUGGCCCAGCUGGCCCAGGCCCGCCAGGCCCCCAAACUCAGAUCACUCAUCGGGGCCGCCCCCGUGGUCUACGGGCUCCCGGUCAACCUCUCUUGAGGGGCUUUUGGGUCCCUUCGUCAUCUUUGGGGUCCUCCCAUUGCCUGGAGUGAGGGUUUGGGGUCCCCCCAUUGAUUUUAGGGUUCCCCCAUUGCCCACAGACUCCCCUGGGGCAGAGAUUUGGUGUCCCCCCCAUUGCCUGGAGUGAACUUUGGGGGGAACCCCAGUUGUUUUUGGGGUCCCCCCAUUUAUUUAUGAGGGAGAAUUAGGUGGGGUAACCCCGUUGCCUGAUGGGAGUUUUGGGGUCCUCCCUUCACUUUUGGGAUCCACUUGUGGCAUUUGGGGUGCCCUCCUUUGUUACUUUUGGGGUCCCCCAUUACCUCUGGUGACGAUUUUGGGGCUCCUGACCCCUGUGAGGAUUUCUGGAGUGUCUGAGGGGGGGAAGGUUGGAACCACCGCCUUAAUUUUAAGAAAAUGUUCAUGAAAUUGCGAUGAAAUUUGGUUUUAUUGGACUGAUUUGGAAUAAUAAAGUUGUUGCCUUUUCA